AUGCCUCGUUUGACUCGUACCUCUUCUCGCACGAAUGGUCCUGCCGAACAAACUGCCUCACAACUUAACACAGGUUCCACAGCUACCACUAAUGCUCAGUCCGGAAGCAAAAAGAAGUCAAGCAAAAAAUCUAAACGUGUCACUCAAACUGAAACUCAAACUGAAACUCAUCGUGAGGAGAAUGAAGAUGAAACACACACCAACCAAAACCACGAUUCAACAAUCAACCAAGACAAUUCAGAUUUAGAUGAAGCCAAUAAUCUCACAGUUGACAAUUACACACAACAUAUGGACGCCUGGCCUGCUGGUCGUAUCCGCACUGCUAUCAAAAAGUACAAAUCUUCCACUGGGACUCGAGCAAGCAGCGAAGUUCAAGCUAAGGCACAACUUGCCCAUUUAAAAUACGAGCAUGAGUUGUUGAUGUUAGCACUGGUUGAUAAAGUGCAACUACGGAUUAUCAAGAAAGCAAUUGACGAAGUCGCACCCAAGAAGCCUUCUAGGAACCUUGACAUGUACCUAGCGUAUGCAAAAGACGCUCUAUCCUUGUCUAUGCCCGGAAAAGGCCAGGAAGAUGGGGGUGUUCAGUUAGGCGAAAGAAACCGAAUCAACUCUGAUUGCUGGAAAGCUCUAGACGACGAUCACAAAGCAAUUUUCUCCCCGUCACUAUUCUAUGCCUUAGCUGGAGCGCCCAACCCGUUUGCACCGAGUGAGAGCAAAGAUCUUGAUGAUGAAGAUGAGGAUGUUGGAGAUAUUUUUGUACCAUUACCAAAGAAGAUGGUGGACAAUGAACGUGUUUCAGCUAACAUCUCAAAGCCAAAGGCAGGCCCCUCGGAUGGGCUCCUUCAAAGGAAGUCACUGCGAGCAUUUCAAAAGCAUGCACAUGAGCUUGCAUGUCUAGCAAAUCGCCUCAAUUUUGCGUAUUAUCUUGUGGGAUCAAGCACCCUCACUCCAGAUAAAUCGAAUGAAUUGGGAUGGACAAAGGAGUUUACUACCCACCGACAAGUUGCACGAUGGGCCAACAAGACCAGCGGUUUGGCUCGGGUUUUCGCUACUUACGCGCAAGGUUCUGCGAUGGCUGAUGCCAUUGCAGAAGCUACACAAGGACCGGUAAAAAAACUCAAGAGGCAACGCAGUGAGAAGCCUCAACGCAGUGACAUUGUCAAGGUCCGACUUGGGAGAAUGCUUGUUCAACUGACCGACCCCAAGAGUGCUUUGAUAAAACGAAAAGUCCCUGUUGAAAUGGUUUGUUUAGAAGGUGUUACUUUGUCUGAGGAGGCCCUCAUUUUAGGUUUUAAGAAAAUGCGGACCGAGGAUCGAGAAAAGUGGGUGGAAGACAUCAAGGCUGGCCUUUUUCGUUUGAAAAACAUCGAAGGAGUUGAAGAAUCAGACUCUGAGGGAGUGGCUCUUAAUGCCGAAGAUUUGGCAGAGAUUGAGAAAUCAAUGGAUGAAGAUCACAAUAUGAACGAAAAAGAAAAAACUGGUGGUAGUGAUAGUGAAGACCAUAAUAUGGAGGAAGAGGGGCAAGAUGUUUGA